GACAGUUCCCUCGUCCUGCGCUUUGACAGAACGCAUGGGGCAUUAGAUGGAGUCCGCGGUGGAUUACAAUAUAUAAACUUUUGAUGAGUCCAUAACCGUGCGCAAAGUUCUCGUUUCUGACAACGGUUUUUGUUCUUCAUGCGCGUUUUAAAAAAAAGAAAAAAAGAAAAAUCAGGACCUUGGAUUUUUUCUUUCUCUCAAGUUAGUAAGUACGAGUACCGACAUGCUUAGAAAAUAAUGAGUAACAAUGGAUUUGUACUGUAUAUUCCAGCCCGUUUUUGUUGUGUUUUAUUAUUAUGUAUUUGACAAUCGCACCUUCUUGUGAGUGAUGCUGUGAACGCACUGUGAAAACUGAAGACGCCCAGAUCUGAGACUAAAUGACGCGUGCUAUACUUGAUUUAGUUUAAUAUGUGGCCAAAAGUCACUCAAAGAUUUUAGAAGAUGGUCCUGAGGAGACUAUUUCAUGCUCUUCCUUUCUUUGCUCUGACCCUCUUCAUCCUGGUUUUACUGGAUUUGCAACUGCGCACCCGGAGUGACCAAAAACCCAUUGCGCAUCUUGCGCACGAAGGGAUACGAAGUGAGGUACCAUCUAAAUCAAGGACCAAGGACAAAUGGAGGGAGACAAAGCCAAAGUCACCAUUAGAACUCACUGAUAUCUUCAUUGCGGUGAAAACCACUGGCAGGUUCCACAAUACCCGCCUUGCUCUUCUUUUGGAGACCUGGAUCUCCAGGACUAAAGACCAUACGUACAUCUUCACAGACACUCACGAUGAAGAAAUUUCCUCUGAAGGAUUCAAUAUGGUCGUCACCGACUGCUCCCCUGAACACAGUCAUCAGGCUCUCUCCUGUAAGAUGGCUGCUGAAUACGAUCACUUCAUGGCUUCCGAUAAAAAGUGGUUGUGUCAUGUUGAUGAUGAUAACUACUUGAACUCUGGAGCCCUGCUCUCUCUCCUCUCAGCCUUCCCAGUGGACAGCGAUAUCUAUGUGGGUAAGCCAAGCCUGGAUCGACCAAUGAGAGCGCAGGAGCUGCUGGAAAGGAAUAAGACGAGGGAAGUUCGUUUCUGGUUCGCUACAGGAGGGGCAGGUUUCUGCCUGAGCAGGAAGUUGGCAGAGAAGAUGGCACCCUGGGCAAGUGGUCCAAGGUUCGAGCAGACCUCAGCAGUGAUAAUGCUGCCUGAUGACUGUACGGUGGGCUUCAUAGUUGAGAGGCGUUUGGGUGUCUCCAUGGUCCAUAGCAGCAUGUUUCACUCUCACCUGGAAAACCUCCUUCUACUUAACCCUAGUGAUAUUCCAAAACAGGUGACUCUAAGUUACGGAUGGUUUGAAAAUAAAAUGAACAGUGUGGAACUGAGAGGAGUUUUUACCAAAGAUGAGGAUCCAUCCAGAUUCCGAACAGUCCACUGUCUUCUUUAUCCAGCAACAAGUUGGUGCCCAGCUGCUCUUAAAAACGCCCCCUCAUGGAAUCAACGCGUUCCCCUGUGAUGCAAUGGGCUGAAUGGAGAAUAAUCAUGCAUAAUGUGAGACAUUCAAUUCGUGAAGAUUCCAAUAAGGCAUUUCUGUUUUGUGUGGGCUGUGAAGUUAGCACUUAUGAUUUUUGCUGACACAAUUUCACAUCUUCCAUCCACCUUCAAAGAUCACCCACAGCUUUUUUUUUUUUCUUGAAGA